GUGCAUGAAUUGCUGCACCUUCUCCUGCAGCAGUCUGCUCGAGCUCGUCCGCGUCGAGUUUGGCUCCGAUAUUAGCGUAUCCGCCGCCCGAGCCUAAAUCGAUGGCUGCGGGAGUCGGUCGGGGGGAAUCCCUGAUUGAUUGCCGGGUUCCACUCCUCUUGAUAUUGCGUGCAAGUGCCGCGAUGACAAUUACGAGUGGACAGUCUCGUUGCUGCUUCGUUACAACAACGGCGCUGCAAUGCUGUCGCGUGCAUGGCAUGCAACCGGCGAGCGAGGAAGCACAUGGAAGUCAGCCACACAGAACGCCCACCAAUCUGUCAAUGCCCAGAAGGGAAAUCGCGGCAAGAUGCACGCCAGGGGUCCUCCCUAUCCUGCAGGGUAUGCGGCAAUCAAGAUGCGUCGCAUCCCUCUCUUAUCUCUCCCCAGACAUGCAAGGCACGAUGCAAUGUAAAUCGUCCUGACCGCGGGCGAGGCUCGAGCAGUAGACAUGCGUGCGUGGUGGUGUUUCGCCAGUUUGCCUCCCCCUUGAAACAUCGUGCGCCGCCGGAUCGGGGAAGGUUUACGCGAAACUUUCGUUAGGCGACGUGUCGUGUCCACUCGUUGACCGGGUGGGUGUGAUGGGCG